AUGUGCAACAGUUCCACAACAGUUCCCCCCUUCUAUGACCAGGAGCAGUCUGGUGCUCCACCACUAUUCCCCCCAAUGCUCACGGACCAACUUGAGCUGCUCGGCAGCAUCCAUCGCCCGACUACACUUAUUGCCGAUGAGAUCAUCGUUUCUAUCGUGAGCCUGAGGACACCGCCCGCACUUGCCCCUGAGUUCAAAAUAGCAAAGCGGUCGCGCAAGCCUGAUUACUCCUCUCCAUACCCAAAGAAGGCCAUUCGGGCUCGCUCCCGUUCAAUGACGCCUAGUAUAUGUUCAGAUUCACAAAGCUCUUCGAAUCAUUCUUUCGACAGCGGCUCCUCAACUUCAAUCACACCUUUAUCAGAAGACUCAAAAAUCCCUAAGCCCCUCGGCGAGGCUGGGGGCUCGGGGCGUGGGCGAUACAUUCUCUAUGAUGCAUUGAAUUGGAGUCCAAAGAAAUAUACAGAAUUCAAGUGCGCUUCUGCGCAAAGCCCUGCUCAGUUGGAGGUCGUACGGAACAAGGCUAUCGACAGGUUCCCAGACCUUGAAGAUUAUAGCGAUUUAUGGCCGGUGAACGAUAUUAUCACGACACGACUGAAAUACACGUCGCGUCACGUCACGCGGAACUUGAAGGAGCAGGAGAUGACUGCGAGUGUUCGAACGACACCGAUAUCUGAAAUCACGCCUGUAAAAACACGAGACAUGAGAGGAAUCAAGGGGAGACAUGAUGAGAUCGAGGUAACGCUUGCGGUACCGGGUAUCCUGGUCCUUAAGACCGAAGUGGGCGGAUGGGAGUUGGUGCAAAUUGGGUGCAAGGAGAACCAUGGACGAGGGGGAGAUGCUGAGCUCGCCCUUCUGACUGCGCGGGUACACCUGUAA